AUGUCUACAACCGAUCAAGAGUCGGGGUCAAAUAACAAAGAUACCAAUCAACCCCCAAUCACAACAUCUCCGCAGGAUCAACAGAUCACACCAACCACAGAGCUCCGAGCUGAAUCAGACCUUGUCGCUGAUACGUCCAUUUUAUCCCAUGAUCAAACACCCGCGACCCAAAUCCACCCCGCAACUGGUCCCGGUGGCGAAAGCAAAUCCGCCCCCGUGACAACAUCGCCGACCAACCCUUCUCAACCUGUCACCGACAACGCACCCGCGCUGGCACAACCCACUACACCGCCUUCAAUGGAGACCGACGAGCCAAAGACUGCCCCCGAGACCUCGACAGAGCAUUCUGAUGACGGUUCCGGAAAGGAAGUCGAGGAUGCUGGCCCAUCGCUGGUGAUAACCCUGCUGUUGACAACGGGGUCGCGCCAUCCGUUUACCAUCGAUGGAAAAUAUCUGAAGAAGCGAUCGGUGAAUGUCGAGAACUUCGAUCCGUUCUUGAUGAGCGUCUACACGCUGAAGGAGUUGAUCUGGCGCGAAUGGAGAUCUGAUUGGGAGACCCGUCCCUCAUCACCGAGCUCGAUCCGUCUUAUUUCGUUCGGAAAGUUGUUGGAUGACAAGUCACCUGUUUCUGACUCCAAGUUCAGUAAGGAACAUCCAAACGUCGUCCAUAUGACCGUAAAGCCGCAAGAAGUCGUCGACGAGGAAGAUGCAAAGGGAGCCAAGGCACAGUACACUCGGGAGAACGAAGCUAGCGAGCGCAGUCCCGGAUGCCGAUGCGUGAUUCUAUAA